AUGAUGAAGCUAUUCUUCAUAACGUUAUUUAUAUCACUAUGUCAUUCCUUUGAGCAGUCUUCCAAUUCCAAGGAUUAUGUCAAAUUAGUGCAGUUUGCCAAUUUAGCGUCAGUGGCGUAUUGCGUGACGAAGGGGCUCUCAACGGGCGUCUUGAGCGAUCCGGAUACACACUGUCCAUUAAAUGCAUGCAAGAAUUCAAUAUUACAAGAUGUUGAGAUUGUACGAAUUUUUGAUUUUAAUAGAUUGAAUGAAGUUGGAACUGGGUUCUAUGCUUUGGAUCAUCGACGAAAGGCCAUAAUUUUGGUUUUUAGAGGAUCCGCCUCACGACGUGACUGGUUUACAGAUUUAAACUUUUUCCCAAUAAAGUAUACGCCAAUUGUGUACGAUAAAGACUUUAAAGAUGGCGAGCCCUAUAUCCAAAUGGAAUGCAAAAAUUGUAGGGUGCAUCGUGGAUUUUACAAUUUUUUAAAGGACAAUUCAGGUGCAAUUAUCAGUGCUGGUAUCAAGAUGAAAAAUCAAUAUCCCAAUUACCAAUUUUUAAUUGCAGGCCAUUCCUUGGGCGCUGCUUUCACGGUGAUGAGUGGAAUUGAGUUUAUGUUGUUGGGAUAUGACCCAUUGGUUGUUACAUUUGGAGGUCCAAGGGUGGGAAACCAAGAAUUUGCUGAUUUCAUUGACACGAUUUUUGACUCUGAAGAAGUUGCUAAGGAAAUUGAAAGUAGCCAUGAUUUUUCCAGAGGAUUCAUUAGGGUUGUUCAUAGACAUGAUAUCAUACCAUCUUUGCCACCCAUGUUAGCACACGCUGGCUAUGAAUACUUUAUAGAUAAAAGAGACUUGCCACACGAGGAGUCGGAUAUUGACAGAAGAGGCUUAGACCACAGUGGAUUCUUUGGAAAAAGAGAUGAUGAGGUUAAAGCAACAGGUUUGAAAGAUCUCAACAUCAAACCGUCUACGUUUUGGCCCAACAAGUUGGGGAAAUUUGAGCAUACACAUUAUUUUAGGAAGAUUACAAGUUGCCAGCAUUAA